GCUCCUCCCCUUCAUCCUCCACUCACUGUCUCAAUCUUGGACAGUGUACUCACAGUAUCCUCCCAACAAUAAAGAAAUUCCCUGCCUGAUAAUAUUCACCUCAUCGCUCCAUCCCCUCCAGAACAAUGCGUGAGUGCAUCUCUAUCCACGUUGGUCAAGCUGGAGUCCAGAUUGGCAAUGCCUGCUGGGAACUGUAUUGUCUUGAGCAUGGCAUCCAGCCGGAUGGGCAGAUGCCCAGCGACAAGACCAUUGGAGGAGGUGAUGAUUCCUUCAACACCUUCUUCAGUGAGACUGGAGCUGGAAAGCACGUCCCCAGGGCUGUGUUUGUAGACCUGGAGCCCACUGUCAUUGAUGAGGUGCGCAGUGGGACAUACCGUCAGCUGUUCCACCCUGAGCAACUCAUCACAGGAAAGGAAGAUGCUGCCAAUAACUACGCCCGUGGUCACUACACUAUUGGAAAAGAAAUCAUUGACCUGGUGCUGGACAGGAUUCGCAAACUGGCUGACCAGUGCACAGGCCUCCAAGGUUUCCUGGUGUUCCACAGCUUUGGUGGUGGAACCGGCUCUGGCUUAACAGCACUGCUCUCAUUUUGGAGCACCAUGCUAUAUGUUUCAAUAGUAAAUAAAUGA